AUGGGAAGUCUCAGUGCCCCCCAGGUAGAGCCACCUCCCCACGAGGGCUUGGAAUUGUUCACAACUCUGAACGAUGUCCUCGAAACAAGGGCCCUGACGCACCCAGAUCGAACACUCAUCUCCUAUCCAAAGAAUGAGACAGAUCUUAUCGACUACACCGGUGCUGAGCUGGACCACCUUACCCGGCGAGUAGCCGUUCAUGCUGCACAAGCGCUUGGUGAACUGGGCCUGAAACACGGUGAUGGGCUAGACCAAAGGAAAUUGGUGGUGGCAAUUGUUGGCAUCUCGAGUUUCGAGUAUUACCUGACAUUCCUUGCUCUGCAACGUCUGGGAAUCACUACCGUCUUCAUUUCUCCACGGCUAGCGGAUCCUGGGUACAUCCACCUACUCAAGGAGACCAGAUGUGACAUCGCCGUUGCCAGUGGUACAUCUUUCACCACUCUCGAAAGGCUGCGGAAGAAUGGCUCGCUCCCAGAGUCUUUCACUCUUCUACCCAUGAUCGACGCUCAAUUCUUGGACCGGGAUUGCGAUACCAUCGACAGCUCCGACUUCAGGCCGUUGUGCUUCAACACGGCGCCUGGUUUCAUCAUCCACAGCGGCGGAACGACAGGGCUCCCCAAGCCUGUGCCUCUCGCUGCCUCUGCUUGGCUCGCUCAGGCCAGUGAUAUUGUGAGGCGCAUCCCAAGAGUCGACACACUUUCGACGCUGCCACUUUUUCACAGCUUUGGCCUCGCCACCUUGCUUCGCGGACUCGUUGGUGGCACCCGUCUGAGUCUCCUCAACGCGUCUCGGCCCGUGACCGCGUCCAACGUGAUCAAGUGCCUAAAUAACACGAGUGCCGAGGCCCUGGUUACGGUUCCGUACAUCUUGAAGUUCCUGGUCGAGGCGGAUGGCGGCCUGGAGAGACUCGGUGCCUUGAGACAAGUCAUAAAUGCCGGGUCAGCAAUACCGGACGACCUGGGGGACAAAGUCGUCACAGCCGGCGGGAAUAUCUUCCAUCUGUACGGACAGACCGAGUGCGGCGCGCUGAUGGAGCCGCCGUCUGACAAGUGGCUGUGGAGCUGGGUCACGCCUUUGCCGCAUGCCAGGCCGUAUCUCCAGUUUGAACCUGAGAGUAGCGGCGCGUCGCAGGAUCUAUAUCACCUGGUCAUCAAACCGGGACUGAAACAAAAAGUUCUCUCGGACCGACCGGAUGGUUCGUACGGUACCAAGGACUUGUUCCAGCGUCACUCAACCAUACCAGACCUUUGGAAAUUUGCCGCCCGGAAGGACGACAUCAUUGUCAUGCUCAAUGGGGAGAAAGCCGACCCAAUCCCUGUCGAGGACGCUGUAAAAGUCAAUCCAGAGGUUGCCACUGCCGUUGCUUUCGGAGCCGGACAUGAGGCCCUCGGUCUGGUGGUGAUCAGGUCUCAUUCAUCUGCCAUUCUCCCUGAUGAAGAGUUCCUGAAGGCCAUCAGCUCCAGUAUCGACUUGGGGAAUUCACGAGUCCCAGAAUAUGCCCGGAUAGCAAGGGAUAUGAUCAUUGUCAAGGAGUCAGGUACACCGUUCCCGGCGACGGAUAAAGGCACUGUCAUCCGCUCGGCGUUCUUGAAAGAAAUGAACGGAGAUAUCGAGAGACUGUAUGCAGACAGGUCGGCCUCAAAACUCAAAAGCACCAGCACGGGGGUGCCAAUGUCGCAUGGUGAGGUGCUUGCCAUGAUUUCAGAGAUCGUGAAGGAUGAGCUCCGAUUAAAACAUGCACAUGACAACUCAACGUCGGAACCAAGAGCUGUUGAUGAGACAAAAAACUUUGACGACUUACCCAUCGACGCAGAUCUUUUCAAUCUCGGCGUGGACUCGUUGCAAGCCAGCAAUAUUCGCAGCCGGAUUCAAAGAGAAAUUGAUCUGCGCGGCGUAUCGCUAGCGACGAACGUCGUUUUUGACUAUCCAACGGUCGCACUUCUUGGUGACCAUGUCAUGCAAUUGCACCUUGGUAACAAUGUGCACUCAGAGACAACCGAUCCUGAAAAACUGGCUCGGGUGAUGGUAGAGACCUACAGCAACUUCCCGUCAACUGAGCCUGGCGCAGAAGUCAUGAAUUCUCCAACCAAAGCGAAGACCGUGCUCCUCACAGGUGCCACGGGCCAAGUUGGUGCCCACCUCUUGUUCUCCUUGCUGUCGCGCCCCGAUGUAAAGAGCGUCUUGUGCCUCGUCCGCGCGCAGAACAGCCAGGACGGCCUUGCACGACUGCACACAGCCCUGAGAGAGGCAGGACUUCUGGCCCACCUCUCUGCGACGCAGCUCGAGAAAAUCGUGGCAUGCCCAGGGGAUUUAUCUGACCCAAGCAAUUGCUUUUCCCCCAGCGACUACUCGCGGAUCCUCAACACCGUGACGACAAUCAUCCACAACGCAUGGCCUGUCAACUUCAACCUCGGCUUCCAGAGCUUCGAAGCCCAGGCGAUCCGGCCGACCCACCAACUCAUCAGCCUCGCCCUGAGGUCGAACCUCCGGCCCAAGCCGACCUUCACCUUCGUCUCGAGCGUCUCCACCGUGCUCAACGCGCCGGGCCCCGAGGUCCUGGAGACGCCGUACGCGUGGGAGAGCGUGGGCCCCAUGGGCUACGGCCAGAGCAAGUGGGUGGCGGAGCAGAUACUUGCCGCCGCGACUGCGAGGGACCAAGGCCUCGGGUCCGCCCGCGUGGCGCGCCUCGGCCAGGUCGUGGGCGACACGAGGCUCGGGCGCUGGAAGGCGAGCGAGGCGUACCCGGCCGUCGCGCAGAGCGCGCUGACGGUCGGCGCGCUGCCCCUCAUCGAGGCCGCGGCGAGCGACGGCGUAGUCCACGACGAGCACUUCUGGCUGCCCGUCGACGUCGUGGGGGCUGCAAUUGCGGACGCGGCGCUGUGUGAUGACGGAGACGGGCGGGAUGAUCCCUCGGGACCGGUAACUUAUUUCAAUGUGAGUAGCGCGGUGCCGAUGAGGUGGAACAGCGAUUUCGCGCCGGCUGUCAAGGAGGUCCUUGCCCGGUACGGCAUCUCGUGCGAGUUGGUGCCGCAGCGUGAGUGGCUGCGGCGUUUGGAGGAGUCGGACCCGGAUAUUACCAGAAAUCCCCCGAGGAAGUUGCUAGACUUCUUCCGGGGACGGUACGGGAGGUCUGAGGAACCUCAGUUGGAGAGCUGUGUUAUACGGGCUGUUCAUAGGGCCCUCAGUAUCAAGGGCCCUCAGUAUCAAAUUCACUCCUACUCGCGGUUCAAGCCUCCAACCCACAUUGCCAACAACAUGACCAUCACUUGCUGUGACAUUCAAUGUAGCAAGUGA